AUGGCAAGCCUGAAAUCAUAUCUUUCGUGCCUUCUCUUACUCAGCCUCGCCUCUACCCUUCUUCGCAGUAGCUCAGCUUCUCAGGACGAUCGAAAGUCGUACAUUGUUUAUAUGGGUCACCGGCCUGAUAAGGAUCAAGUUUCCAUUUCAUCGCGUCACUUGAACAUGCUACAAGAAGCAACUGGCAGAAAUUUCUCUCCUGAAAGUCUAGUCAGCUUCAAAAGAACUUUCCACGGUUUUGUUGCUAAGCUAUCUGAAGAUGAAGUACAAAAGAUUGCAGGAAAGGAAGGUGUAGUAUCAGUGUUUCCUAAUGAAAAGAAGAAACUGCACACAACAAGGUCAUGGGACUUCAUGGGAUUUUCCCAGCAGGUUAAAAGAACGAAUCUUGAAAGAGAUAUCAUUGUUGGCAUGAUUGACACUGGAAUUUGGCCAGAGUCCCAAAGCUUUAAUGAUGAAGGAUUUGGUCCGCCACCCACCAAAUGGAAGGGCUCUUGCCAUGUCUCAUCCAAUUUCUCUUGCAACAAUAAAAUUAUAGGAGCAAAAUUUUAUAGAAGCGAUGGAUUAUUUGGUCCAAAUGAACUUAAGUCUCCAAGAGAUUCACAAGGCCAUGGAACACAUACAGCUUCAACUGCAGCUGGGGAAUUAGUUAACAUGGCAAGCCUGUAUGGCCUUGGCAUCGGAACAGCUCGUGGCGGAGUUCCUUCAGCACGGAUUGCUGUGUACAAAGUUUGCUGGUCAGACGGUUGCUCGGAUGCUGACAUUCUUGCAGCAUUUGAUGAUGCAAUUGCUGAUGGCGUUGACAUUAUAUCUAUUUCUCUUGGAGGCUGUACUCCUUUAGACUAUUUCAACGAUUCAAUUGCAAUUGGAGCUUUUCAUGCCAUGAAACAUGGGAUAUUGACUUCAAGCUCCGCGGGAAAUGAUGGACCUGAUCUUGCAACAAUCAGAAAUUUUUCCCCAUGGUCUCUUUCUGUGGCAGCGAGCACCAUUGACAGAAAGUUCAUCACAAAGGUUCGGCUAGGAAAUAACAGAACGUAUGAGGGUAUCUCCAUAAACACAUUUGAUACUAAUAAUGCCAUGUUUCCUAUAAUCUAUGGAGGAGAUGCUCCCAACAUCACUGGAAAUUUUACAGGUUCUAAGUCCAGGUUAUGCUCUACAAACUCAUUGGACCCACGCUUAGUGAAGGGCAAAAUAGUUGUUUGCGAUGAAUUGAAUUCUGGGAAAGCUCCAUUCUUGGCUGGUGCAGCUGGCAUUGUAAUGCAAGAAAAAGGCCCUAAAGAUUUUGCUUUCUCUUUUCCAUUGCCUGCUUCUUAUCUUGGCCAUGAAGAGGGAACUGGCAUUCUCUCCUACGUAAACUCAACACGACAUGCAGCUGCCACUAUAUACAAAAGUAAUGAGGUAAAUGAUUCAUUGGCCCCUUAUGUGGUUUCAUUUUCAUCAAGAGGUCCAAAUCCAAUUACUCUUGAUGUUCUCAAGCCUGAUAUAUCUGCCCCAGGAGUUGACAUUUUAGCUUCAUGGUCCUUAAUUUCUUCAGUUAGUGAAAUUCAAGGGGAUAAUAGAAGAGUACCAUAUAAUAUAAUCUCAGGAACCUCAAUGGCUUGUCCACAUGCAACUGGGGCUGCUGCUUAUGUCAAAUCGUAUCACCCAACAUGGUCUCCUGCGGCCAUCAAAUCUGCUCUCAUGACUACAGCUUUUGCAAUGAAUUCUGAAAUCAACCCUGAAGCUGAAUUUGCGUAUGGAGCUGGACAUAUAAAUCCUGUUAAGGCUAUUGAUCCUGGAUUGAUCUACGAUGCAGAGCCACUGGACUACGUAAAAUUUUUGUGUGGACAAGGAUACAAUACUAGUCUUCUACAGAUGGUUACCGGGGACAACAGCAGCUGCGCUAAAGCAACCAAUGGAACAGUUUGGGAUCUGAACUAUCCUUCCUUUGCACUUUCUACUUCACCCUCAGAGUUUAUUAGCCGUGUCUAUAAUAGGAUUGUCACAAAUGUUGGUUCACCAACUUCCACAUACAAAGCUACUGUGACUUCGCCACAAGGACUUAAAAUCCAAGUGAAUCCUAGCAUCCUAUCAUUUACUUCUCUUGGUGAGAACCUAGCUUUUGCUCUUACAAUUGAAGGGACAUUAGAUGAUUCAAUGGUCUCUGCUUCUUUGGUGUGGGAUGAUGGAGUACAUCAAGUGAGGAGCCCAAUUACUGUUUAUGUAGUGACAAAAUAAAAUUCAGGAGACGUCACCAUAUCAAAAAAAGCAAUGCCUGCGAAAAUACAAGCAGAACCAUCACAUGUGUGCUUGUAAUUUCUUAGGACUAACCUAAUAGCUAUUAGGUUACACUUUUCUUUUGUAUACUCUUUUAUCAUUGUAUAACUUUAUUUCAUGUACACUUCUUUAUCAA